CAGCUGAGGCAAUGCUUUGUCUUUGCAGAUCUUUGAACCCCAACUGAGUCAUCGCCAACUUGGUUCAAGAUGCCACCGGCCAUCGGAGGCCCCGUGGGAUACACCCCCCCUGAGGGAGGGUGGGGAUGGGCCGUGGUCAUCGGAGCCUUCAUCUCCAUUGGGUUUUCCUAUGCCUUCCCCAAAUCCAUCACCGUGUUCUUCAAAGAGAUUGAGGUCAUCUUCAACGCAUCCAGCAGCAAAGUCUCGUGGAUCUCCUCCAUCAUGCUGGCUGUGAUGUACGCGGGAGGUCCCAUCAGCAGCGUCCUGGUGAACAAAUACGGCAGCCGGCCCAUCAUGAUCGCCGGCGGGUGCCUCUCCGGCUGCGGGCUGAUCGCAGCCUCCUUCUGCAACACGGUGGAGGGGCUCUACUUCUGCGUUGGGGUUGUAGGGGGCCUCGGACUCGCCUUUAACUUGAACCCAGCCUUAACCAUGAUCGGCAAGUACUUCUUCAAGAAGCGUCCCCUGGCCAACGGGCUGGCGAUGGCGGGCAGCCCCGUGUUCCUCUCCACCCUGGCACCCGUGAACCAGCUCUUCUUCGGCAUAUUUGGCUGGCGCGGCAGCUUCCUCAUCCUCGGCGGCCUCUUGCUGAACUGCUGCGUCGCCGGGUCCCUGAUGCGGCCCAUCGGCCCCAAGCCGGACCAGCUGAAGAAAGAGGCUGCCAAGGAGGUGCUGCAGGAGGCGGGGAAGGCGGUGAAAAAGGACGACGGCGACACCAGCACAGACCUCAUCGGCGGGAAGGCCAAGAAGCAGAAGACCAGUUUCAUGCAGACAAUCAACAGGUUCUUGGACCUGUCCCUGUUCACCCACAGGGGCUUCCUGCUCUAUCUGUCGGGCAACGUGAUCAUGUUCUUCGGGCUCUUCACUCCCUUGGUCUUCCUCAGCAAUUACGCAAAGAGCAAGAAAAUUGCUAACGAGUCUGCAGCCUUCCUGCUCUCCAUCCUGGCCUUUGUAGACAUGGUGGCCAGACCUUCCAUGGGACUGGUGGCAAACACCAAGUGGAUCAGACCCAGAAUCCAGUAUUUCUUCGCCAUCUCUGUGAUUUACAAUGGGGUGUGCCACCUCUUGGCCCCCAUGUCCACCACCUACGCCGGCUUCUGCAUUUACGCUGGCUUCUUUGGCUUUGCCUUCGGCUGGCUGAGCUCGGUCCUGUUUGAGACCCUGAUGGACCUGGUGGGAGCGCAGCGGUUCUCCAGCGCUGUCGGCCUGGUGACCAUCGUGGAGUGCUGCCCCGUGCUGCUGGGACCCCCCAUGCUGGGGAGGCUCAACGACAUGUACGGUGACUACAAGUACACGUACUGGGCCUGUGGAGUCAUCCUCAUCGUCUCUGGGAUCUACCUCUUCAUUGGGAUGGGCGUCAACUACCGCCUGGUGGCAAAGGAGCAGAAGGCGGAGGAGAAGUCGAGGAAGGAAGGGAAGGAGGAGGAGACCAACGUCGACGAGGCUGAGAAGCAGAAAGAGGCAAACAACGACGUGGCCCCCUCGCCUCAGAAGAGCGCGGAGGAUGGUGUCAAAGAGGAGGAGAGCCACAUGUGAGGGACCGGUCUCAAUCCCGGGGUGUCGGGGAAGCGCCGCUGCCCUGGCGCGGUGGCUGGGGCAGUGCUCCGCUGGCGCUGGGCGGCCGUGAGAAGUGUUUAAACCAGGUGUUCAUUUUUAACCAGGCUCUGAAUUGUC